AUGUGGAUGAGACAUUUAAUCUUCUAUUUCCUGCUUUUGUCAACUUUUAUGAGUCAUAUGACACAUGGGCAAAGAAAGAAAGGAUCUAAGUCUAAUUUAUAUUCCAGAAAAAAAGAUUUUCAGGACUCUACUUGCUUCAUAGAUAUUGUUUUCAUUGUGGACAGCUCUGAAAGUUCUAAACUGUUUUUUUUUGAUAAACAGAAAGAUUUUGUAAUUAGCUUGAGUGAAGAGAUUUUCCAAUUGAGCCACUCUCACUUUCUGAACUAUGAUAUCAAACUGGCAGCCCUUCAGUUUAGUAGUUCUGUCCAAAUUGAUGCACCUUUUUCUGCUUGGAAGGACCUCCAGACUUUUAAACAGAGAGUAAAGGCUAUGAAUUUCCUUGGGCAAGGCACUUUCUCUUAUUAUGCCAUCACCAAUGCCACCAAGCUACUUAAAAGAGAAGGGCGAAAAGAUGGUGUGAAAGUGGCAUUGCUUAUGACAGAUGGUAAAGACCAUCCAAAGAAUCCUGCUGUUGAGAUGAUUUCUGAAGAUGCGAGAGCUGCAGGAAUAUUAUUUAUCACCAUUGGACUUUCCACUGUGGUGGAUGAAGCCAAACUAUGUUUGAUAUCUGGGGAAACAUCUGGUGAACCCAUUCUACUUUUGAGUGAUCCAAUCCUUAUCUAUAAAAUGCGAGAUCAUCUGGAUAUCUUAUUUGAAAUGAAGUGUGAACGCAAGAAUUGUGAGUGUGAAAAGGGAGAUCCAGGUGACCCAGGACUCCCCGGUACUCAUGGAAACCCAGGGAUCAAAGGUGACCGAGGACCUAAAGGAAGCCCGGGUGAUGCUCAGAAAGGGGAGCCUGGAGAAAGAGGACCAGGGGGGAAUCCUGGAUUCAAGGGAGAAAAGGGUGGACGUGGUGAAUGUGGCAAACCAGGAAUAAAAGGUGACAAAGGAUCCCCAGGGCCAGAUGGAUUAAAAGGACCCAGAGGACUUAAGGGCAUUAGUGGACCUCCAGGGGAUCCAGGACCUAAAGGAUUUCAAGGCAAUAAGGGUGAUCCAGGUCCUCCUGGUCCCUAUGGUCCUCCAGGAACUCCUGGAAUUGGACAGCAAGGUAUUAAGGGAGAAAGAGGGCAGGAAGGAAGAAUAGGAGCUCCAGGCCCAAUUGGAGUUGGGGAGCCAGGUCAGCCUGGUCCCCGUGGGCCUGAGGGAGUACCAGGAGAGAGGGGUCUACCUGGAGAAGGAUUUCCUGGACCAAAGGGUGAAAAAGGCUCUGAAGGACCAAUUGGCCCACAAGGAUCACAAGGCCUGUCAAUAAAAGGAAACAAGGGGGAUUCGGGACCUAUGGGACCUCAAGGACCAAUGGGUAUUCCUGGAAUUGGCAGCCCAGGGGAACAGGGUAUUCAGGGACCAAUUGGUCUUCCAGGUCCUCAAGGACCCCCAGGACAAGGUUUACCUGGUUCUAAGGGAGAAGAAGGCCACAGAGGACCCACAGGCCCUAGAGGACCAAUUGGAAUUGGAAUACAAGGUCUAAAGGGAGAGCCAGGCUCAGUAGGACUCCCAGGAGAGCCAGGAGUACCUGGAGAAGAUGGAGCAACAGGGAAGAAGGGAGAAGUGGGACUUCCUGGAACAAGAGGCCCAGAAGGACCACCUGGAAAAGGAGCCCCUGGCUCUAAGGGUGAUGAAGGAAAGAAAGGAAGCAAGGGAAAUCAAGGACAGAGGGGAUUUCCAGGGUCUGAAGGGCCAAAGGGUAAUCCAGGGGCAAUCGGUCCUUUUGGGAUGCCUGGAACAUCGCUUCCUGGUCCACCUGGAACAAAGGGAGAUAGAGGAGGACCUGGGUUGCCCGGAUUUAAAGGAGAACCUGGACUUUCAAUUCGAGGACCAAAGGGUGUCCAAGGCCUUCCAGGACCAGUGGGUGCUCCAGGACUCAAAGGAGAUGGUUAUCCUGGUGUAGCUGGACCUCGAGGACUACCAGGACCUCCAGGACCAAUGGGUUUGCGUGGAGUGGGGGACACUGGAGCAAAGGGCGAACCUGGUGUAAGAGGUCCCCCAGGUCCAUCUGGGCCUCGAGGCAUUGGAAUCCAAGGGCCAAAGGGUAAUAUUGGACAGAAAGGCUUGCCUGGCCCUCCUGGUCCUCCUGGCUAUGGAUUACAAGGAAUUAAAGGAGAACAAGGCCCUCAAGGCUUUCCAGGGAUAAAAGGCAUGGUGGGUCAUGGCCUCCCAGGCAAGAAGGGAGAACAUGGAGAACAGGGUGAUGUGGGAAAAAAAGGUGAUAAAGGGGAAAUUGGAGAGCCUGGAUCUCCAGGAAAACAGGGGUUACAAGGACCAAAAGGAGACAUAGGACUUAUGAAAGAAGAAAUUAUCAAACUUAUUUCAGAAAUGUGUGGUUGUGGGCCCAAGUGCAAAGAGGUUCCAUUAGAGCUGAUGUUUGUGGUUGACAGCUCAGAAAGUGUGGGACCAGAAAAUUUUCAUAUCAUCAAGAAUUUUGUAAAGAUUCUCACUGACCAGGUGGCUUUAGACCUUACUCGCAUAGGCAUAAUCAAUUAUAGCCAUAAAGUAGAGAAAGUGGCUCAUUUGACUCAGUUUUCCAGCAAAGAUGACUUCAAGUUGGCGGUGGAUAACAUGCAAUAUCUGGGGGAAGGCACAUACACGGCUACAGCACUCCAUGCAGCUAUCCACAUGUUCAAGGAUACAAGGCCAGGUGUAAAGAAGGUGGCUUUGGUUAUCACUGAUGGACAGACAGAUAAUCGUGAUGCGAAGAAUCUGCCCAGUGUGGUCAAGAAUGCCAGUAUCACCAAUUUGGAAAUAUUUGUGAUUGGUGUCAUAAAGAAAAAUGACCCAAACUUCAAAAUGUUCCACAAAGAAAUGAAUCUGAUUGCUACCGACCCAGACAAUGAACAUGUUUAUUUAUUUGAUGACUUCAAUACCUUGCAAGAUACCCUGACACAAAAAUUUUUUAAGAAAAACUGUGAGGAUUUCGGUUCCUACCUUUUUCAAGUUUUGGGUUCACCACCACUUCAGUCUGAAUUGGCUACUUCAGAGGGAGAAUUCAUUGAAGCCACCCCUGAGCCUCAGAAAGCAAUAUCAGAAUCUGUCAUCCCUGGCAUCCAGGAUAAAGAGAAUCAACCUGCAGAGCCUAUCUGGACUGAUAGUCUGGCUCCCACUCCUUCAUCAGUGGACACAACCACCUGGGGACCUCUAUUCAACCCCUCUAAGAAUGAGGAAGAAGGUCUGGAAAUCAGAACUCUAAGUUCCAUCUUGAUUGCAGGGUCAAAAAAAGUGAUGCAUAAAGAUCCUAGAUGUUUGGAAUCUCUGGAACUUGGAAAUUGUGAUAAAUACGUUGUUCGAUGGUAUUAUGAUAAGGAGGUCAAUUCUUGUGCUCGUUUUUGGUUCAGUGGCUGCAAUGGCUCAGGAAAUAGAUUCUAUAGUAAAAGGGAAUGUCAAGAAAUCUGCAUUGAAGGCUGA